AUGUCUGUGCAGUCAGACUGUGGUUCCUUACCAACAAUACAGAAUGGAAAUGCCACGCUCGAUGACUCAGACUCAACAGUAGGAUCAACUGCAAGUAUCCGCUGCGAUUCUGGAUAUGAGGCUGACAAACCGUCUAUUACUUGCAAACCAAGUGGAAUAUGGCAGUCUGCAAAAUGCAAAAUAAGAGACUGUGGCCCAGCACCAUCUAUAUCUGACGGCAGUGUGAGCCCAUCUACAACCACUUAUGGAUCAACUGCAGUUGUCAACUGUAACCCUGGAUAUGAUUCAAACCAAUCCUCAAUAACAUGUCAGGCAAAUGGAAGUUGGGAAACACCAGCAUGUAUUAUUAAAGACUGUGGCUCUGUGCCAUCUGUAUCUGACGGGAUAGUAAGACCAACAGCUAAUACUACUACUUAUGGAUCUACUGCAUCUGUCACCUGUGACCCAGGAUAUGAUUCAAACGGAGCUGCAAUAACAUGCCAGGCAAGUGGAACUUGGGAAACGCCAACAUGUACCAUCAAAGACUGUGGCUCUGCACCAUCUGUAUCUAACGGGACUGUGAGCCUAACCGCUACAACUACUACUUAUGGAUCUACUGCAUCUCUAACUUGUGACACUGGAUAUGAUUCAAAUGUAGCUACAAUAACAUGUCAGGACAAUGGAGUUUGGCAGACACCAACAUGCACCAUUAAAGACUGUGGCUUGACACCAUCUGUAUCUAACGGGACUGUGAGCCUUACCGCUACAACUACUACUUAUGGAUCUACUGCAUCUCUAACUUGUGACACUGGAUAUGAUUCAAAUGUAGCUACAAUAACAUGUCAGGACAACGGAGCUUGGCAGACACCAACAUGCACCAUUAAAGACUGUGGCUCGACACCUUUUGUAUCUGACGGGACAGUAAGCCUAACCGCUAAUACUACUACUUAUGGAUCGACUGCAUCUGUCACCUGUGACCCUGGAUACGAUUCAAAUGGAGCUACAAUAACAUGCCAGGCAAGUGGAAGUUGGGAAACGCCAACAUGUACCAUCAAAGACUGUGGCUCUGCACCAUUUGUAUCUAACGGGACUGUGAGCCUAACCGCUACAACUACUACUUAUGGAUCUACUGCAUCUCUAACUUGUGACACUGGAUAUGAUUCAAAUGUAGCUACAAUAACAUGUCAGGACAAUGGAGUUUGGCAGACACCAACAUGCACCAUUAAAGACUGUGGCUUGACACCAUCUGUAUCUAACGGGACUGUGAGCCUUACCGCUACAACUACUACUUAUGGAUCAACUGCAAGUGUAAACUGUGAUGUAGGAUAUGAUUCCAAUGUAGCUACCAUUACAUGCCAGGCAAGUGGAAGUUGGGAGACACCAACAUGUACUAUCAAAGACUGUGGCCCAGCACCAUCUAUAUCUGACGGCAGUGUGAGCCCAUCUACAACCACUUAUGGAUCAACUGCAGCUGUCAACUGUAACCCUGGAUAUGAUUCAAACCAACCCUCAAUAAAAUGUCAGGCAAAUGGAAGUUGGGAAACACCAGCAUGUAUUAUUAAAGACUGUGGCUCUGUGCCAUCUGUAUCUGACGGGACAGUAAGACAAACCGCUAAUACUUCUACUUAUGGAUCUACUGCAUCUGUCACCUGUGACCCGGGAUAUGAUUCAAACGGAGCUACAAUAGCAUGCCAGGCAAGUGGAAGUUGGGAAAUGCCAACAUGUACCAUCAAAGACUGUGGCUCUGCACCAUCUGUAUCUAACGGAACUGUGAGCCUAACCGCUACAACUACUACUUACGGAUCUAAUGCAUCUCUAACUUGUGACACCGGAUAUGAUUCAAAUGUAGCUACAAUAACAUGUCAGGACAAUGGAGUUUGGCAGACACCAACAUGCACCAUUAAAGACUGUGGCUUUACACCAUCUGUAUCUAACGGGACUGUGAGCCUUACCGCUACAACUACUACUUAUGGAUCAACUGCAAGUGUUAACUGUGAUGAUGGACAUGAUUCAAAUGUAGCUACCAUUACAUGCCAGGCAAGUGGAAUGUGGGAGACACCAACAUGUACUAUCAAAGACUGUGGCUCUGCACCGUCUGUAUCUAACGGGACUGUGAGCCUAACCGCUACAACUACUACUUAUGGAUCUACUGCAUCUCUAACAUGUGACACUGGAUAUGAUUCAAAUGUAGCUACAAUAACAUGUCAGGACAAUGGAGUUUGGCAGACACCAACAUGCACCAUUAAAGACUGUGGCUUUACACCAUCUGUAUCUAAUGGAACUGUGAGCCUUACCGCUACAACUACUACUUAUGGAUCAACUGCAAGUGUUAACUGUGAUGAUGGACAUGAUUCAAAUGUAGCUACCAUUACAUGCCAGGCAAGUGGAAUGUGGGAAACACCAACAUGUACUAUCAAAGACUGUGGCUCUACACCUUUUGUAUCUGACGGGACAGUUAGCCUAACCGCUAAUACUACUACUUAUGGAUCUACUGCAUCUGUCAUCUGUGAGCCUGGAUAUGAUUCAAAUGGAGCUACAAUAACAUGCCAGGCAAGUGGAAGUUGGGAGACACCGACAUGUACAAUCAAAGGUAUUUAA